CUGUCACUGUCAGUUGCUGUAUAAAUUUGUCAUAUCGCACAGUGGUGAUGUGUUUUGGGUUUGCCGAUUAUAUUUCUUUAGCAAAUAAAUACCUCGUAUUACACAAUAAGUCCUGAAAUAAUCAGGGAACUGAAUAAUUUACGAGUGCAAUAAAUACUUUUAUUCAGAACAAUGACGAAGUUACUCGAGUGGGUUUCGGUGCUUUCGGCGUUCGUCGCAGUAUGGUAUUCUUUAGUCGCUGGUUACGUUAAGCAUCCAAUGAUUGAGAAAAACAUGACAUUGGUAAUUGUAUCCCCUUUAAUAUUCGUGAUACUUUUUGGAUUGUACGCGGUAUCUGUGAUCCUAUAUCGAGUAUUCACGUUCAAUAACUGUGAAGAUGCAGCCAAGGAAUUGCAGGAAGAAAUAAAAGAGGCUAGACGAGACUUACAGGAAAAGGGUCUCAGGUGGUGAUCAUUCAUUCCGAUUUAGACAUAACUAAGUAACAUUUUUUACUGUAAUUAUAUUCUGUUUAUUUAAA